GAAUCUUUGAACAAAUUGAUGAAGAACUUGUACAGUACUCAUCCUCAUUUUGUACGUUGUAUUAUUCCUAAUGAAUUUAAACAACCUGGUGAGGUCGAUGCUCAUUUGGUUCUUCACCAGCUUCAAUGUAAUGGUGUAUUGGAAGGUAUCCGUAUUUGCCGAAAAGGAUUCCCCAAUAGAUUGGUUCACUCUGAAUUCAAGCAA